AUGUCUUGUAGAAUUUGUAAACCUAGGGGAGGAGGAAGAGGAUAUAUUAACUUGUUUGGGAAAAUCGGAUAUUGUAAUAAUUUUAUAAAAUCAAAUUUUCAUAAUUUUAUUGAUGUCAAUCGAAAGAAUUUUACAACUGGAAAUUUAAAGAGCAACGAUGCAAAAGAUGAAGCGUCCUUCACAAUAACAUCAGACACUAUUCGAAUAGACGGUCAAUCUUUUCCGGUAGAUGAUUUUACAAACGUGACUCCGAAUAUAUUAUCAAAGAUUAAAAGACAAUUGCAUUUACACCAAUCACAUCCAAUUUCAAUAUUACGAAAUUUAAUUGAAACUCAGCUCAAUGAUUUUCGACAUUUUAAUUCGUUCAGUCCAAUUGUAAGCACUCGACAAAAUUUUGAUGAUCUUGGAUUUCCCAUUGACCAUGUCGGGAGAAACAAAACCGACAGUUAUUACAUUAACAGAUCUGUAAUGCUACGUACUCACACGUCGGCACAUCAACUUCAAAUUCUUUCCGCAGGUGAAAAUAAAUUUCUGGUGAGCGCUGAUGUUUAUCGAAGAGAUGAAAUUGAUUCGAAUCAUUAUCCAGUAUUCCAUCAAAUGGAAGGUGUUCAGGUUUUCGAUGUCGCCGAAGCAAAAGAACAAGUAUCAUGUGAUAUUACUAAAAUAGGACAAUUUAAUUCAGCUUGUGUAUUAAUUAGUAAUGAAGCAGACACAGAUACAUCAACAAAUAAUCAAAAGAAUCCAAUACAAUUUUGUCAUCCUGUUGAGGCGGCUAAUUCAGUUGGUCUACAUCUCAAACACACGUUAAAUGAGUUGGUAAAGAGAUUGUUUAAAGAUGAGAAAGAAUUAAAAGUUCGUUGGAUCGAUGCUUAUUUUCCAUUUACGAGUCCAAGUUGGGAAAUGGAAGUGUUAUAUCAAGGAAAAUGGCUGGAAAUAUGUGGAUGUGGUGUUAUAUUGCAAGAUCUCAUGAAUAAAGCAGUAAGACCGAAUGAAAUUGGCUGGGCUUUCGGUCUUGGAUUGGAAAGAAUUGCAAUGGUUUUAUUUGAUAUACCUGACAUUCGACUGUUUUGGUCAAACGACCCACGAUUCUUGGAUCAAUUUACCACCAAUGAAAUAAAAAAAUUCAAACCUUUUUCAAAGUAUCCCGCUUCCACUAGAGAUAUCAGUUUUUGGGUGGACAAUAAUAAAGGUUUCCACGAGAAUAAUUUUUGUGAACUUGUGAGAAGUAUCGCCGGCGAUUUGGUAGAAGACGCGAAAAUGAUUGAUGAAUUUGUACAUCCCAUUUCGAAAAGGCGAAGUUUAUGUUAUAGAAUUAUUUAUCGAUCUAUGGAUAGGAAUGUAACAAAUGAGGAAAUUAAUCAAAUACAAUUAGAUGUUCAGAAAGAGGUUCAAACACAACUUGGUGUAAUUCUUCGCUAA